AUGCGUCCACGAACUGAAGCUAGUGUCCGUCGUUCAAUAGAGAAGAAGAGGCGGUACAGGGAGCGCUUCAAGCUUCGGAAAACUAUGUCACAAUCAAGCAGUGCGCAGAGAUUUUUAAGCAGCGCGCAGAAACAAUCAAGCAGUGCGCAAGAAGAACCUAGCAGUGCGCAAGAACAACCUAGCAGUGCGCAAGAACAGCCUAGCAGUGCACAAGAACAACCUAGCAGUACACAGGGACGAUCUAGCAGUGCGCAUAUACCAAGGAAGAGUGAUCAAUGGACUGAGGUGAAAAGGCGGUGUUAUUCAGACUCAGCUACAAUUCCGGAAUCUCCCACGGAACAACAAUCCCCAACAUCCUCAACCGCCUCUGAAGUAACGUGUUGUUCCCCAAACAACUUUCCCUCCCACAAACAACGUGUCCGGACCCCACCGAGACCUGCGACCCCCUCGAUCGACAUCAAUAGCGACACGUCUAUGAAAAUUUUCGAUCCACACAAGACACAGAGCUACCAGGCCUUGCUUCCAGUUGACGCUACCGCCGCCGCAAGUCAAUCCUCCUCUGCGUAUCAUCCGGGCAAUAUGCCUAGCAACAUUAACGCUACGGCAGCUGGCCGCGCUGGAUACCGCAAGGCGCCCAACGGUACUACUGAAAAUAACAAGGCUCCUAACGGUGAAAACAACGACAAAGCUCCCAGCGAGGCCAAGAAAAAGCCGACCUGUCAGCUCAUUGUUACCUCGACUGACCUCGGCAAAUCUGUGAAACCUAAAAUCCCCGACUUUGGGGAGGAUCUCAGCUCCCACGGUGUCCAGUGCUCCAAGCUGGACUGCGACAAACGAUGCGCCGCAUGGGACUCCCUAGUUAGUAUCUGUCCUGCUUGUGGACCAUUCUCAACCACUAGAUACUGCUCCAAGGAGCACCUGCGAGAGGACGUCAAGCAGCACUGGUCUGUCUGUGGUGAACGAACCUUCGCAACCCCCGUCAAGAAAAGUUCAUUCCCCAAGGAGCUAUUUGACGGUCCUCCUAUGAUCCCCUUCAUCGACAGUUGGAGCUCUCCUGAACGUCAUCGCCAGGCCAUGUGGUUCAGUACUGGCCAGAACGAAGGUGAUUACUUUGUCUUCACCGAUCUACAAGUGGCGCAGAAGGCGGGAGUCGCAUCGGGUCAUUACACGACCCGGUGCCAGCCAACUAUUAGCCACAGAAUUCGGUUUGACAACGCGAAUGAUAGAGACAUCUUCCGCCGCUGUCUUGCUGUAUGCCUCUUUGCAUCCUUCCAAGUUCCUGGCUUGGUGAACUUCACGUACAGAAUGAUACGUGACAACUUCCGCUCUUGCGGCCAGUGGACAGAGGCCUUGGAGAAUGCUCUCUAUGAUCAGUUCUUCCGGGAGUUCAACGUCGAGUUUUCGGAUUGCGAACGGCAUGCGUGCAUGACCGAGUGGACUGGCUACCCCGAGGCUUUCUGCCGAGACCCAGUUUGUCUUAUUGAAAGGGAAACCCAAUUUUCAUCUUUUGACAACGGAGCCGGACGGGGAUACGAGCGCCUGUGCCAGUGGAUGGAGGCCCAGUAUUGGAUUCUCCGGGCAAACCGAUUCACUCAUCCUACCUGCCACAGUGUUGAUGAUCGAAUCGUUGGCGUAGGCUACAAUGGUUGGGUUGCUCCGAUGGACCGGCGACCCUUCCGCCGAGGAGAAGGCUGGGAUGGGGUGGGAACCGGGCCCAUGGAAAUUGAGUACGUGCGCCUUGGCCCCCGUGGGUACGAAAAAGAAACAAUUGGGUGA